AGCGUCACCGGGCGCAGGGAGCUGAAAAGCUACUCGUACCCAACAAUUGGCCUAUCUAUGAGGUACAGACAAGGUGCUGGCUGUGAAUAAUCGAUUGUGCUAUCGUCGUUCGAAAAGUAGGCUUGAUGAAACAGAUGCUGGCAAACCCUUGGAAAAUUGCUCCUGCCUUCAUCAUUACCCUGUUCGUCGCAACAAGCCUUGCCAGCUGCGUUCCACCUUUACGUAUUCUCGAUCGCCGUGAUACAAACCCAGCGCUUGAACCAUUUAUCGCACUUCAUAGACCCCCUGUACUCCCCGCUUCGCCACCUUCCUUCCAUGGGGGAUCCAACUUCCAAGUACUUGUGGCAACGACAGAUACACGUCAAAACGGCACUUUCUUCUGUCCUCCCAAUCGGUGUUGUACCGAUGGGGGUAUAUGCUGCUCAGAUGGCAGUGGGUGUUGUCAGCAUGGUUAUUACUGCUCGGGAGCGUCCUGCAUCCCAAACGGCGGAGUACCUUGUGGGAACGGUCAUUAUUGCAGCUCAGGCAAUUAUUGUUAUCAAAAUGGUUGCGUUCCGAACGGUGGGACACCCUGUGGUACUGGUCAUUAUUGCCAAGCGGGAAAUUCAUGCUGUCAGAAUGUCGGUUGCUGCGACCCAGGGUACUCAUGCGGACCUGACACCUCUUGUUAUUCUACGGCAACGUCCACUCCUAAGCCCACUCCCACUCCAAGUCAUACAACCUCCACAUCCCCCACCACUCUUUUUAGUACCACUUCUGCAGCUUCUUCCGUCGUCGCCGUGGCUUCCGUCUCCUCUGCCCCUGCUGCAGCCGCCUCCGACGCCUCUUCCACCUCUUCCACCUCUACCAGAACUUCAGCAUCUGGUCCUACACUCGACUAUCCAGAUUUGACGGUCUUUUUCGGGGCGGUGAUCGUACCAGCCCUUUCUCUGAUUUGGCUAUGAGAUCGUCGAGUAUUGUCAUUUUGUAUUACUCUCGGACCUCUGGCAACUUUUCAUCUGGGCUUGAGGUUUGAACCAGGCAUCCCACAUUUGAUUCAUUGUAUGAUUAUGAUGUACAUCUCCCCUG